CACAUAAAAAGGCUUUCCAGCUGGCUGGAAUGCAUCAGUGAUCGGUGAGCCGAGUUAGCAGCCAGACGCAUUCCUUCUCCAGUCGUGCAAGUAACCCGAUAAUCAAACCAUCAACAUGAAAGCCGUGAUCUUUGUGCUCGCCGUCGUGGUGGCCAUGACCGGAAAAGCCCAGGCCGUAUGCAAGAACGAUCCUCAGUAUGCGGAAAAAAUUGAUCCUGUUGUAUGCAAUAAGGCAGGAUUCAAGUUGCCCAACUACGAGAACGCGACCUUGUACUACCAGUGCACCGCACAGGUGCAGUCCGGUGCCUCAGUGCUGACCGCCGUCCCGGCCAGCUGUGGCCAAGACUCCUCCUUCAACUAUGCCAUGCAGAGAUGCAUGGCCUGCGACACUUACUUCCCAAGCGCCCAGUGCAGCAGUCUGCCCAUCGACGUGACCUGUGUGCCCAUCGCCACCACUGUGGCCCCCACAACCGUAACCACCAUUGCUCCCACCACCGCGUCCACCACUGUAACUACCGCUGCCCCCACCACUGCGGCACCCGGCGAGUCCACCACUGCGGCACCUGGCGAGUCCACCACCGUCACGGUGCCCGUACCACCAACUGAGUCUCCUAGCAGCACCACGGCCUCCGGCAGUGACGACAUCAUUACCCCCACUGGCACCACCAUCUACGUGCCCCAGCCCCCCUCCCCCAAUGACGACAAUGUGCCCACUCCGGUGACGCCCGCGCCCACAGCUCCUGUCAUCAACGACGGUCCUCCGACCGCACCUUCGGCCGCCAACGAUUAAGUCCUCGAGUUGAUUCUAUCCAAAACCCCAAAUUUGUUGGCUGAAUAAAGUGUUGACACACACACACAUUAUGAAAAGGAAA